AUGAGUUUUAGAGCCUGCAAGCUUUGUUCUUCUUCCCUUUUGGCAACUUCAAAACUGCUCCUCACAUCUUCUGCUUUGCCCAACCUUCAAGCUAGAGCUCUUCUUGGCUCUAUCUUUCCUCAAGCUCAAGGCCUGAAGAAGAGCCUUAUUUUGCCGAGACAAUACAUGUCAGCGUCCUUAGCUUCUUUGGUGAAGGAAGAGGAAGUGCGAGGUAAAGACAACGAAAUACUCGGAGCAGUUGAAGACCAACAUGGAGGAGUUAUUGUAACCAUGGAUGGGCCUAUGGAUUCCUUGGUCUUUGCUUCUUUGUUAGAUGCUUCAAUAUCACAAUGGAGACAGCAGGGAAAGAAGGGAGUGUGGAUCAAGCUGGCCAGAGAGCAUUCAAAUCUUGUGGACCCUGCGGUUAAGGCUGGAUUCAAAUUCCACCAUGCUGAACCAGAUUACUUGAUGCUCGUCCAUUGGAUUCCCAAUACUCCUGAUACCCUUCCUGCAAAUGCUUCGCAUCGCGUUGCUAUUGGUGCUUUCGUCAUGAACAACAAUAAAGAGGUGCUUGUGGUUCAGGAAAGUAACGGAAGAUUCAGUGGCACAGGAGUAUGGAAGUUGCCCACUGGAGCUGUUAAUGAAGGUGAGGAUAUUUGUACUGCAGCAGUAAGAGAAGUGAAAGAAGAAACAGGGAUAGACACACAGUUUGUGGAGGUGUUAGCAUUCAAGGAAAGACAUAAAUCUUUCUUCCAGAAAUCUGAGUUGUUCUUUGUAUGCAUGUUGCAACCUCGUUCCUCUAAAAUUCAGAGGCAGGUUUCAGAAAUUGAGGCAGCUCAGUGGAUGCCAGUUGAGGAUUACGUAGCCCAACCAUUUGUUCGAGAAAAUAAGCUAUUUCACUUUCUCACCAAAAUAAGCUUAUCAAAGUUUCAUGGCAACUACGAUGGCUUUUCCACCCUACUCACUACCACUUCCUCAUGCAAGAAAUCCUACCUUUACUUCAACAACAAGGAGGCUGGACACAUGUUAGCUUCCAAACUUUGACAAGCUUCACUUCUUAGCCUCCACCAUUUAAUUUAAUCUUUAAUUAAUUGUCCUUAAUUAGCAUUGUACAUAAACAAUAUAUACUUUAAUUACUUCCACAGGGACCUGAAAAUUCAUAUUAU